ACACAAACAAGGGAGAAAAAAAACCAAAGACGAAAGAGGGAAGAAACGGAAGAACACCAAGAAAUUGGCGAAUCCCUGACGCCCCCCCUACCUUCAAUUCUCACCCGCCUGCCCUGGUUGUUUAUCCAGCCAAUUUGAUUAGGGCGCCACACGGAACCCUGGUUCUUGAUUUUGAUUCAAUCACGGGUUGUGUGGUCAUGGCGGGUCACCCCGUUCUUCUUCUCUUCCACGAGUUCAGGAGGUAGGGUGAGAGAGAACAUGGAACGACAGGGGAUGGAGGGCAACAAUCUUCUGCAUUUUCUUAAUACCCCAAGCGCUCAUUACAGCAGGACUUGCGACAGAUUUGAAGCCCAGCAAGGUGGCGAUGAUAAUUCCGAGACAUCAGAUACCGAUCCGGCUAAUGCAAGGGAAAUGUUGGAAUAUUUAUUGAACCAACCAGCAAACAAAUACUGCGCAGACUGUGGCAAUCCAGAUCCAAAAUGGGCGGCCCUGCCUUUUGGUGCAUUCAUCUGCAUUAAGUGCUCUGGAACUCAUAGAAGUCUUGGUGUGCACAUAUCAAAGGUGAUUUCUGUGAAUCUGGAUGAUUGGACAGAUGAAGAAGUCAACUGUUUAGCUGAAUCAGGUGGAAAUUCUGUUGUUAACACAAGGUUUGAAGCCUUUUUACCCGAGAACAAAAAGCCAAAACAUGAUUGUUCAACUGAGGAGCGUAAUGAUUUUAUCAGGAAAAAAUACCAGUUUCAACAGUUUGUGUGUGAUCCACAAUUUUCAUGCCCUUUACCACUUAACAGAAAGCAUGCACCACCAGAUAAAAGUCACCAGCAGCAUAAUAGCAGCAAAUAUGGUUUUGGCCAUACUUUUAGGAAUAGCUGGAGAAAAAAGGAUUCAGAUAACAAAGGCCUAAAGAAAAUGUCGGAUGUGGGAAUGAUAGAAUUUGUUGGAUUAAUCAAGGUCAAUAUCGUAAAAGGCACAGAUUUAGCUGUUCGUGAUGUGAUGUCGAGCGAUCCAUAUGUCAUGAUUAAUCUAGGGCACCAGUCCAUGAAAACAAGGGUGAUAAAGAACACCCUGAAUCCUAUCUGGAACGAAAGACUAAUGCUUUCGAUCCCUGACCCAAUUCCACCUCUUAAGCUGCAAGUAUUCGACAAGGACACAUUCAGCUCCGAUGACCGGAUGGGGGAGGCCGAGGUGGACAUCCGGCCACUGAUUGCAGCAACGAAGGAGCACGAGAACUCGACCAUCACCGAACCGACAGAACUCUACAGGUGGUCAGCCAGUGAAGACAGCAACGGCGUGCUCGCCAAGGACAGCGUCAUCUCCGUUGCGAAUGGCAACGUCAAGCAGGAGAUCACACUGAAGCUCCAGAAUGUCGAGCGAGGUGAAAUCGAGAUCGAGAUCGAGUGCGUGCCACUCAGCCAGUAGCAGUUUUUCAUCGUGAAGAGGACUGGAAGCAAAAACAGGGAGAAGACAAUACAUAAUGCUCCAUUGUUGUGACACUGACACUGCUUUGCAAUGCACAGAGAGACCUUCACUUCAUUCCGUUUCUUUGCUCCAUGCCUGUAAUUCGUGUUGUGCAUGUGUGAGAUAUGUUGUACGGUAGAUAGGCAAAGGGAAAUUAUCUACUUGUAUUGUAUUACUUUGAUUUUAGGCAUAUGGUUGAACUAUUUUCAGUAGAUUUCCAGACCCCGGUUGUUAGUUUUCCGUUCUUCACGCUGGAUAGGGAUAAAGAAUAUUGUAUUCUA